AUGCCGAAUACCAAAACUAUCCACGUUCCCCAUUUGGGCGGAAUUGACGCGGCGUAUCAAAUGCCCAAGGAGUAUGACCCUGCCAAGCCAACAGUGGUACUCGUAAACGCCUUCACCGCAACAUCUGAAUUAUACCGACAGCAGUUUGAUGAUCCUCAGCUUUCCGCCAAGGUGAAUUUGGUGGCUAUCGAGCUACUUGGACAUGGUCAGACACGCACGUCUUCCGAGCAGUGGACGUACUGGGACACAGCGGAGAUGAACCUCCAAGUCUUGAACGCUUUGGGUAUUGCCAAGGCAUUCGUGUUGGGAACUAGUCAAGGGGGCUGGGUCACCGUCCAAAUGGCCCUGUUGAGACCAGACAUGAUUGCUGGUAUCAUCCCCCUGGGAACGUCAAUGGACGCCGAGUCGGAUCGCAGUCGAAAGCUCGACUGCUGGGAUGGCCAGUCUAUUGUGUCGGGCUUCGUGAAUCAAUGGACCGUCAGCAAACCAGUACCUAACUUCGAGCCCGGUGAUGACUACUGCGAUGCACUGAUUGGAGUCGGUUUCAAUGAGUGCUCUGCCGAGGUUCAUGACUUCUGGCGUGACUCCAUCAAAUCAAAUUAUCGUGGCGAUGACGGUCGCAGGCAACUUCGGAUGGCUGCGAUCAACUUGGCUGAGCGUGGAUCAAUGCAUCUUCGACUGCCGGACGUUCGCUGUCCGGUUCUAUGGCUUCAUGGAACGAAGGAUGUUGUGUUUUCCUCGGCCAAUGCCGCGGAAGAGAUCAAGCUUUUUACGCAGUCCCAGGAUGCGAGAUUGGUGACGAUUGAUGGAGGCGCGCAUUUCUUGAACUGCACUCAUCCGACGGAAGUGAAUAGUGCGGUAGUUGAAUUUGUGAAUAAGUACCAGUAA